AUGGGCAACCGAACACCUCAGCCUGCUCCACUUCCUUACCCUCCUCCUUAUCCAUAUUACUAUCCUCCUCCAGCUUAUGGUUAUCGUGACUAUACAACAGACUAUUAUCGACGACCACGACGCUAUUCUGGACACUAUAAUCGAUAUCCACAAUACCAUUCUGGGUCCUAUCGUUCUUAUCCAAGCAGACGUUCUUAUUAUUGA